AUGGCAAUGACUGAAUCUUGUUUGUCUUUCCAUGGAAUCCUGCUGACACACUAUCUCUUCCUGAAAUUUCUACUAUCCCGGUUUGGCUCAUCUCGAUGGACAUUCCUUAUCAGCUUUACUCCAAAAAGGAAUAAGCUGGAUAGCUUCAGUUAUAGGAGAGCUCCAAUGCUCACAAGUAGGUUGUGGCUUGAUCGCUUUCUUAUAGUACAAGAAAAAAUACUUGUAGAGGUAAAGUUGGACCAUCCUUUUCCACAAGAUAAUGCUCUUGAAUAUGAGGGAACAAUUUAUAUGGUCACUGUCAUAUACUCAUGGCUGCCCUCCAAGUUCUCAAAGUGUGGACAACUUGGACACAAGGCUACAAGUGUAUUGGACUUCCUCCUACUCCAGUACCUACGGAUCUUCAGAAAUGUUAGGGUUUUAUGA